AUGCUCGUGUCUUGUAUUAGGCGGCAAGCUGACCGUCGUACUCGUCAUCACAUGAUGCUUGACGGCCAGAUCAACCCUCGUGAGUGGAUGAACUGGCAUCCGAAGGAGUACCAGCCGUGGUAUUUUGAUCGCCAUAAGUUUCUUUAUGAGCGGCAACAAUACGCACACUUUCACCACCUUCUUUGUCAUCAGGUAUUUCUUAAAGAUAUGCUUCAUUUGGUGCAGCACCCAGAACCUUAUACGCACAUUAUCGAUUGUAGGACUUCGCCGCUAAAGAUGCAUCGUUGGGUUCCUCACAGCUGGUGGCUACCAAGGGAUGAAGUUGAGUAUGCUCUUCAACUUACCCCGGACGAGUUUGCUGACAUGUAUGGGUUUCAUAAACCACGUAAGUCAGACGAUGUUAUUCUUGUUUCCCACAACGGCCUUUACUCUGAACAGGCCGGUUGGGAAUGGAAGAAACAGUUUUACCAGCACGUUUACAAUUACCGUGGCGGGACAAAUGAACUGUUUGGGGAGCAAUACAAUGACGUAGCGUUGAAGGAUUCUCUUCC